AUUGGAUUGAGUGUCAACCUCAGGCUCUUUUUUGCUGUUUACUGUCGGAGAUCGCAUUUUGCAGACUCAGGUCUCUCUGCGUUUUCCACGCUGGCCUCUCUUCCCUUUCGGUUCAAAGCGCCCAGCGGUGCCAACAUGGCGCCCACUCAAGCGGUGCAACACCACCACCGUUCCACCACCAAAUCCUCCAACAAGCCAUACAAGACCCGCCAUGCGUCCAAGAGCGCUCUAAAAGAUAAGGAGAAGGGCAAGGUCGAAAGGCCCGAGCGGGGCACCCGCAAGACCCCUCACCAACAACUCAUGUCGAAACUCGAUCGGCGAAACCAGGCUCGCCAGAAGCAGCAGCUGAAGCAGCAGGAGAAGGCUCAGUCGACCAGCAUCUUUUCCGGUCAGAACGGUGCCCCCCGCCAUGUCGCCAUUGUUCCGCUCUCCGUCGAUAUUGAUGUCGCGGCCGUCAUCCGGGCCCUCAACGAAAGUGUCGAUGUUACCGUUGAUGUCUCCGCCGAUCAGAUCUCCCGUGUGCGCGUGGAGCGGUUCCGCCAGAGCUUGCAGUACAUUCCGGCCAAGUACGACCUCAUGAGCGCGCUGGAUGCGUGUCGGAUGGCCGAUUUCGUGGUGCUGGCGCUUUCCGCCCAGGUCGAGGUGGAGGAAGAGGGAGAGUUGCUGCUGAGAUCGAUCGAGGGCCAGGGUAUCUCUAACGUUGUUGCUGUGGUCCAGGGCCUCGAUAAGAUCAACCCACCGAAGAAGCGUCCCCAGGUUGCGGCAUCCCUGAAGUCCUUCGCCAGCCACUUCUUUCCCGCCAUCGAAAAAGUCCUUUCCGUGGACUCCCGUCAGGAAUGCUCCAAUGCCGUUCGCUCCUUGUGCACGGCAGCUCCCAAGGGUAUCCGCUGGCGUGACGAGCGCAGCUGGAUGCUUAUUGAGAAUGUGCAGUGGCCCGAGAGCAAUGCUGAGGCUGUGGACGACGUGGUCGUGACUGGUGUGGUGCGUGGAAAGGGCUUGAAGGCGGAUCGUCUCGUACACAUCCCCGGCUGGGGCGACUUCCAGGUCGAUUCCAUCACAGCGGCUCCUCUUGCCACCACGCGAAACAAGCGGGACGAUGCGAUGAAUGUCGAUGACAGCGAGGCUCCACAGCUGUUGGACUCGCCCACGGCUGAUCACGAUGAUCUGGCCACUGUCGCGCCCGAGGAAAUUGAGAUGGAGGACGAUGAGUACUCCUUCGCUGGAGAGGAGCGGAAGGGUGUCCUCCUGGACGACCAUCACUACUUCUCCGAGGAUGAGGAAGCCAGCCUGCCCAAGCCCAAGAGAUUGCCCAAGGGAACCUCCAAGUACCAGUCUGCUUGGUUCUUGGAUAACAUCUCCGACUCUGGAUCUGACUGGGAGGAUGAGGAGGACGUUGCUAUGGGUGACGAUACGAUGGACACCGCCGGCGCCCCUGAGGACGGUGUGUUCCCAGACCACGGGGAUGCUAUGACGGAGGCUGGCCCCUCCGAAUAUCCCCAGUCCGAGAUGUUCGUUGAUCAAUCGCCCGAGGAUGACGCCCGGCAGCUGGAGGAGUACCGGGCCAGCCGCCGCAACGAGGCCAAGGAGGACCUGGAGUUCCCUGACGAGAUUGAACUGCACCCCAAUGUUCUCGCCCGGGAGCGUUUGGCUCGCUUCCGUGGCCUCAAGAACUUCAAGACCAGUCCCUGGGAGACUUCUGAGGACCGCGCGCACGAGCCUGAGGACUGGCGCCGACUCCUCCAAUUCACCGACUACAAGGGUGCCAGGAACAAGUUCCUCCGUGAAGCUCUCGUCGGCGGUGUCAACCCUGGCGUGCGGGUGGAUGUUCACUUGCGUGCCGUGCCCGCCACUCUACGCAGCCGCCCUCAACCCAUCUCUCUGUUCUCGCUGCUGCGCCACGAACACAAGCACACUGUGGUCAACAUCAACAUGCACCUCAACUCGAGCGUUGAGGAGCCCCUCAAGUCCAAGGAAGAGCUGAUUGUCCAGUACGGCCCUCGCCGCAUGGUGAUCAACCCCAUCUUCUCCGCGGGCGACAACACCCCCAACAAUGUCCACAAGUACGACCGCUUCCUGCACCCCGGCCGCAGCGCCGUCGCCACCUGGAUCGGUCCCCUCACCUGGGGCGCCGUGCCCGUGCUCGUCUUCAAGAGCAAGAAGCCCGCCGAGGAUCCCGAGGAGAUGGCGGAUGCCGAGGAGGAGACGCCCAGCGUCGACCGCCUCGAGCUCAUCGGCAACGGCACCGUCAUCGCCCCCGACCAAAACCGCGUCGUUGCCAAGCGCGCCAUCCUCACAGGUCACCCGUACAAGAUCCACAAGCGUGUCGUCACCGUGCGGUACAUGUUCUUCAAUGCCGAGGACAUCCAGUGGUUCAAGGCGAUGCAGCUGUGGACCCGCCGCGGCCGCAGCGGUUUCAUCAAGGAGUCCCUCGGUACGCACGGUUACUUCAAGGCCACCUUCGAUGCCAAGAUCAAUCCCCAGGAUUCCAUCGGUAUCAGUCUGUACAAGCGGGUGUUCCCGCGCAAGGCGAGAACUUUGGAGGAGGUGGUUUACUAAGCCGCCUGCUGUCAGGGCUCUUCGGGUGUUGCUGGAUGACAUGGCUAGGAUAGCCCAGGGAAUCCGAACGAGAGAGUGUGCACGAUAUAGAAUAUCUAUGAUACCACCGAACCUUUUUUUUUUUUGCUUUUUCUUGUCCCUCUGGUUCCUAUGAACGUGACUGGUGACAUGUUUCUUCUUUGCUUGCUGGGCCCUCGCGUCUCCCAGUGAGACCACUCAGCAUAUCCUCUUUCUUUCCCCAAAAAGUCCAUCAUGUUGCAUUUGAACCAUUUUUCCCUUGGCAAAAUAGUAUGAUAGAUAGCAGGUCAGGCUUUAAUGAUGAUUACGAGAUUUGCG